AUGUGGCAAAGCGCUUUAAAGUGUGGUGAAGUAAGUAAGGUGAUUGCUCACUGGAUUGAUACAUUGGGUGAGCAGCUUGAGCCCAUGGUUGCCUGGCUGCCAAGAAGUGUUAUUCGUGCUAACAUGCCACCAUCCUUUAAAAAGAACCACCCCCAGACCACUUGCAUCAUCGAUUGUGCUGAAACGGCUAUUCAGAGAGCUACAAACCUUAACUGUAGGAGUGCCACUUUCAGUCAUUACAAGGGAACGAAUACUGCCAAAUAUCUUGUUGCUGUGUCACCUCAUGGGCUGAUAAUGUUUAUAUCAGAGGCCUAUGCUGGUAAAAGCAGUGAUAAGUUCAUCACUAUAAACAGUGGGUUUCUGGAGGCCCUAAGGCCUGGUGAUGAGGUAAUGGCUGACAGGGGUUUCACGAUUCGAGAUGUACUACAUGAAAGGAAGGUGAAAUUGAAUAUUCCUGCCUUUACCCACAAGCGUGGUCAAUUGACCAAUGAGGAGGUAACGCGCACUAGACGAGUGGCCAAUGUCCGUAUACAUGUGGAGAGGGCAAUCCGAAGACUUAAAGUCUUCAAAAUUCUGUCCCAAACUGUCCCCAUCUCCAUGACCCCGAGGUUGGACAAGAUUCUUAUCAUAUGUGCUGCUUUAGCAAACAUGAGGUCCAGACUCAUCCGACUGCCACAUGAGGUGUAAGUCCCUAUGAAAAGUAAAACCUGGGU